CACACGGGUCGACCCGUUUGCAACCAGAGUUUAGAACUAGUUUCAAACGCAACGAGUUUGCAACCAAAAUAAAACCUGACUCCACACACGACGCGACUGGGUGUGGAUCAGUUGGCGAUCUCUGUGCGAACAUGCGUAUAGUGGUAUAGUAAUGUUUACAUUCACAUUUUUUACUUGAUAAAUUAUCAAUAAUUGAAUAGUUAUUUGUCGGAGUGUAACUUUAUCGAUCAUGUCAAGUACUAGUGAGGAUGAGGAAGACAUAAUUGCAUGUUUUCUAUGUCGUAGACACGAAGAAUGCGCAGAAAAUAUUGGUGUCACCCAUACAUAGAGAAAAAUGUAAGGUGCAGACUAUUCGUAGCAGCUGAACAAUUAAAAGAGACAGACAGAAAGUUUAUAGCUUUCUACAGAAUGUCCAAAGAGUCAUAUGUGGAAUUGGUGACGCUGGUUGCUCCAUUUAUACAUAAGGUUGACACAAAUAUGAGGGAAUUUGUGACUGCUGAAGAAAGAAUACUCAUAACUCUAAGGUAUUUGGCUACAGGAUGUUCAUUUGUCGCUCUCUCUUUAUAUUUUGCAAGAGGCGAGAGUACAGUUGGAGUCAUUAUUAAAGAAACCACGAAAAUCAUUUGGAAUGCAUUGCAAGCAACUUACAUGCCGGUACCAAUAGGUGACCAAUGGAAAGUAAUGCGUUUUGAGACAUUGUGGAACUUACCAAAUUGCCUUGGGGCGUUAGACGGAAAGCAUAUCCGCAUUGAGAAAUAUCCAAAUACUGGUUCAGAAAAUUUUAACUAUAAAAGUUUCAAUUCAAUAAUCUUACUCGGAUGCUGUGAUGCUGAUGGUGCUUUCACUAUGAUAGAACCAGGAUAUGCUGGACGAAAUAACGAUGGAGGUGUUUACAAGGUCAGUGCCAUGCGAUACUGGCUCAACCAUGGUGCUUUUCAAACUCCGCCACCCACCCCAUUGCGAUACGACGACAUACAAAGACCAUUCCCUUACUACUUCUUGGCAGAUGAAGCGUUUCCACUAGCACGCAAUGUAAUGAGACCAUACAAUGGAAAAUCACUCAAUGAUGUAAAAAGAAUAUUUAACUACAGAUUAAGCCGAGGAAGAAAAUCUAUUGAAUGCACGUUUGAUAUGGCUACUGAAAAGUUUGCAGUGUUAAAUGGUCCCAUAAGAUGUCGCAAUGCAGAAACAGUAAUCGACAUCGUAAAAGCCGCUUGUAUCCUACACAAUUACGUACGUAAAAGAGAAGGUAUCGACUAUACGCCGGCUACAGUGGAAAUAGCUGAAGGACCAUGCCCAAGACAGCAUCCAAUCACUGAACGCUCUUCGGCAGUUACUGUGAGACAAUAUUUGGCAAGUUACUUCAUUUCUCCUCAAGCAUCUCUGCCCUGGCAGUGGGAAAAAGCUAUAGAAUAAAUCAUUCUUCCAAGUGAAACAUCAUUGAUUGCAAGAUGUCGGUUUUGCAAGCCUAUAAGGACUCAAGUAAACUGUCAAAACAUACUUCAAUAAAACUUUGUACAUUAAAUUAUAACUAUAUUUUGUAACUGA